UUAAAGUUUCAUUAAAAAUAUAUUAGCUAUAGCACAUUUUAUAGCUACUUCACAAGCAGUACUAAGCAGAAGCAAAUUUUCUGUCAAAGCCUCGCCUCGCACAAUCCAUGUCUGGUGUAGUAACGUCAUAGCAAAGCUGAUAAUAGUACUUGUUCCAGCAAAUGUCGUAUGGUAAUGACUAAAAGUGCGAUGUCAGAUUCUAAUCUUUAAUUUAUUUACGUCUUUUGCAGAUAACGUAUGCCGUCAUGUUUUCCAGAUCUUUACGUAGGCUUCAAGUGGUAUUGCAGCAUAUGAGGGUGGCACAUUGCUCAAAUCAAACUGGUGAUGAUGUGGUGUUUCAAGCAGUCAGAGACAAGCGAAUCAUCAUCCUCAACAGGCCAAAGGCUCUCAAUGCACUCAAUCUUUCAAUGAUACAAAAGAUUUAUCCCUCAAUGGUGCAAUGGGAAGACAAUGCUGAUGUAUCAUUGGUCCUCAUAAAAGGGGCAGGAGAGAAAGCUUUCUGUGCUGGCGGAGAUGUUCGAGCUGUGACAGAAUCUGGUAAGACAGGAGGUGAUCUGGCAAGGAAUUUCUUCAAAGCGGAAUAUAUCUUGAACUACAAAAUUGGCACAUACAGAAAACCAUACAUUGCAAUUAUUGAUGGCAUCACCAUGGGUGGCGGUGUAGGCUUGUCUGUACAUGGUAAAUUCCGCGUGGCCACAGAACGAACUGUUUUUGCAAUGCCUGAGACAGCAAUAGGUUUAUUUCCUGAUGUUGGAGGAGGCUACUUCUUGCCACGACUUGAAGGCAAGCUAGGAAUGUUCUUGGCCCUGACUGGCUUCCGGCUUACUGGACGUGAUGUUUUUCUAGCAGGAAUCGCCACACAUUUUGUUCCUUCUGAGAAGCUGUCCUCUUUAGAAGAGAAGCUAAUGGCAUUAGAAGAUCCUACAGAUACAAAAGUGGCUAAUGUGCUGGAUCGUUUCCACCAUGAGAAUUUUACAGAGAAAGGAAAGCCGUUUGUCCUGGCAUCCCAUAUGGAAACAAUCAACAAGGUGUUUGAGGCAGAGACUGUGGAGGAGAUAUUGCAGAAACUGGCUGCAGACAACUCAGAGUUUGCACAGAAACAUCUAGCGACAUUGAAAAAGAUGUCACCAACAUCAAUGAAGGUUACGUUCCGACAACUGCAGAUGGGUAAAAAACUCAAACUUGCAGAUGAGUUACAAAUGGAGUAUCGACUUUCUCAGAGAUGCUUGGAGGAUCAUGAUUUUUAUGAGGGAGUUCGAGCUGUUUUAGUUGACAAAGACCAGAAUCCCAAGUGGAAUCCUGCCACACUGCAAGAAGUGACAGAUGACAAACUCAACUGGUAUUUCUCACCUUUGCCACCAGAAAAUGAGCUUCAUUUAUGAUGUCAGCUAUUACUGUAAUGGCAGAUCCAAAUCAAGUUUAUUUGGUAUUGCUUAAUAGUAAAAUUGCUGAUUUACAUCAGUGAUAACAUUGUAGUCUUUCAUCUGAUCCAAGAAUCUUUUGACAAAAUAAUUCACAGAACUCCAGGCUGUCUGUGAGAAUGACUUAUAAUCAUUAAGUAACAUUAACGCCACAAAGACAAGGCCUGCUAUGGACUUUUUUGGCCUUUAGUUCUGGAGCUAUUAGUUUUGGAUUAAAAAGAUAAUGAAGUUAAAAGGGCACAGAGAUGUGUGUGUUGGUGAAAGGAACUUUUAUUGUUCAUAAACAUACAAGCUGAUGAUGAUAGGUCUUCAAAACACCCAUUUAUAAUUAUUUAAUUGAUAUACCUUGGUAUAAAGCUUGCACCAUAACGAAAACGUUUCAAUGAAAAGCCAGAAAAUAUUAGCUUGGUAACCAACAAUAUCUAAUUCAUUAUUCUUUUGCCCUGUGAUCACAUGCAGAUGUAUAUAAAUUUUAUGCAUGUAUGAGUUAAUAAUUACAAGAAUAAAAUGUUAAAAUAUAUGCUUACCCCAUUUCUUGGGCAAGCUAUCAAAUAAAACAAAUAGCCUUUUGCUUCAUGUGCUGGACACUUUGGAAUUUUUUUUUUAACUUUUUAAAUUUCUUCAGCAUUAUGAAAGGUGACCAAAUUAAGAGGUAUACAUCAACUAAUGUUAACAUUGUACAGUAUGAUAUAGACAAAGGAUCAAGUGAGUAACCAAAGAAUGCGCUUACCAUUUAGAGUAACAAUAAAUGCCUUUUUCUCACU